UACAGGUCGUACUUCGAAAGGACAGAACCCGCGCCAGGUCGCGAUGCCAUGCGCGGAAGCUGCAUGUGCGUCGAUGCAGGAAGCGAUGGAGAAGCUCAAGCAGGAGCACGAGCAUCUUCUUCAGGAUAAAGUGAAAUGGGACGAAGAACGAACGACGAUGAGUCGCCAAGUCGAAGCCUUGACGACGCAGAACGAUCAACUGCUGCAACGCCUAAAGGAAAGGGCUGCCGCUGAACCAGUCCUCGAGACGUCGGAACUGAUCGAUAUUCGAACCAAGUGGGCUGACGCACUGCAGCGAGAGCAAGCGUUAAGUGAGACACUGCGUCAGUUGGAGUUGGCGGCGCAAGAUGCAUCGAAAGAGGAACAAUGCCGACUCGACGAAGUCAAGACAGAUUUGGAGCUCAAGGAACGCGAGCUACGCAAGGUACUCCUGGAAGUUGAUCGAUGGAAGAAGGAACAUGCUGAAAUGAGGGCGGAACUCGAAGGUCUGGAGGCACGUGUCCGCGCGAGCACAACCUCAACGACAGACGCGACAAAUGCAACCCAUGCCGCGACUUCCGCUCUAUCCCAGCGCAUACGUCAGCUCGAAGAAGACAAGCGUUUGCUGGAACAAAAGGUGCUUGACAUGGAUGCGACCAAUGCUACCGUGGACAAGAUGAUCUUGGACUUCAAAUCGUCGUUCGACACGGAACGUCAGACGUUGCUGGCGCAACUCCAUGAAUCCAAGCAACGAGUGCAGCAACUCGAGAAUGCUGGGUCAUCGAUGGAGAUCGCAAAAGACUUGGAAGCUAAAGUCGCGAUCUUGCAAGAAAUGCGGGUGCAGGACAAGGAACUCGUCGCCGACGUUCGGCGCGAACUCAAGCUCAAGCAGAUGGAGGUCGCCACGUUCCAAACCAACUAUGUGCACAAGGACUCAUGGCAGCACAUCGAAGCGCAACUCAAAUUUGCCAACCAAGAGAACGACAUAUUGCGCCAGCAGCUCGCGCAACUGCAGGAAGCCGCCAAGAAAGUCGUUGCCCCAGAGCCAACGCCCGCUCCAUGUGUGGAAUCGAACACUCAAGCGACGCCAUCGACGCCGCCGUCCCGAUCCAUGCACGCAUCCACGGCAAAGCACAAGCCCAGCGUUGUUGUGCUGGACUCCAAAGAGGAACUCGAAGCUCAGUUCCAGGCGGGAUUGGAGCUCGACCACUGUCUCGACGAAUGCGCAACGUUGUACUUUGAAAACCGCCAGCUCGUUGAAAAGGUCGCCACGAUCGAAGCGGCCCUCGUCGGUGUGCAAGACCAGCAAGCUGUCUUGUACAGGGAGUACAUAGGCCAGCAGCAAAGCUUCAAAGCGCGCAAGCAACAGCUGGAUGCGCAGCUGGCAGCGUCGCAAACGACCAUUGACGAGCAAGCGAUCAAGUUGAAUCGAUUCGAAACGAUGUGGCAAACCAUGCAAGUGCAGUCGGAAUGGCAACAGAACGCCGCCGACAUGGCGCGCAGGCUCGCGCUGUUUGAAGUGAACCAAGCCAGGCUCGCUCGGCAGCACAACAUCUUGAUGGAUGAAAAACACACCGAGUACACGAGGCGCGUCGCGGUCGAAGACCAACUCCUCGACGUUGAAAAGGCGCUAAAAACGCGGUUGCAGUACUUGGAAUCGUGGAAAUUAGGUGCCAUGCAACGAAUGCAGGCCAUGCAAAAAGCGCUCCAUCAAAGCGUUCUGAAAACCCACUACGAUGCCCUCCAAGACGCAUACCAUACCCUCCAUGAAACGUACGCAAACCAACUCGACCGAUGGAAUAGCCUCCACGCAGUGUACGUCGAAGCACUCGAUCUCAAGGCAGAAAACACCAAAUUGCUGCAUGAAAAUGCCCUCUUGCGAGUCGGCCCUUCGUCCACGUCGUCUGCUGCGACUCUUCAAGACGAGCGCAUUCAAGCACUGGAAAUCACAUUGAAGUCUUAUGCCGCCCAGAUCAAGGAACUGACAAACCCACCCGCGGCGGCGCCAACGCCGCCACGUCAUGCAGAAUCGGAACACAACCAACCCACGCUCCAAGUUGUCCUGGAACAUCGCAUUGCCGAGCUCGAGCAAUGCUGCACUGCCCUGCAACAAGACGUGGAAAAACACAAGUCGAUUGCCGCCUUGGCUGCAUCUCAAGCGAACACACUCGCCCUGCGGCAGACACGGCAUCGCGACGAAGUCUCCCAGUUGGAAGAACGUCUUCGGGAGCUCGGAAGUCGAUCGGACGACGACGCAAUCAUCGGGCAGCUGCAACAGCGGCUCUUGACGAUCCAAGCCAACUACCACUCGUUCACUGACCGGUACGAGAAAGCGUUGGAAACGCAACGAGCGGCGCAAUUGCAAGUCAACACACUCACGCUGCAACUGGACGCUGUCACACAGCAUUAUACGUCCGAACUCGAACUUGAGCGGCAGACGAAUCGAGUGCUCGAGUCAACGAUUGCGACACUCAAGCAAUCCGACCAACGCGCUAAAAUCAAGCGACUCGAGGCCAUGGCCACACGCAUCGAGUCGCUGGAAGAAGAUGCCGUUGAAUUGCAUGCCAAAAAACGAGCGCUAGAACGACGAGUUGAAGAAUUGGAGGCUGGUAUGCCGACUCCUGCGACCGGCAAUCCAUCCGACGACAUGCACGAAUUGCAGCGAUGCAAACAUCGAAUUGCUAUAUUGGAGCAAAAAGAACGCUUAUGGGUUGAGCAGAUUGACCAGUUGGCCCAAUCCAACGUCCCAAAAGAAACCUUUCACGAGAAAUGGCGCCACGAGAAAGCCGCGCUGCAAGGAAAACUCGACCAAGCGCUGUAUGAAAUGGACGGUCUCAAAACCAAGUGCUCGAAAUUGCUCCAAGAGAGCAGUCAAAAGGACGUAAAAUUGCGAGACUUGCAAUUGAAACUCGACAACCUUGUGUUGGAAUCGCAAUUGGAAUCAUCGAUGUCGCAGCCACCGCCAGACGUGACGCCAGCACAAGGAGCGACAUUGUCGCGGCAGCCCAGUUCGCCAUCGAUGCGAAAAAAAGUUGGGUACUACGAAAAAGACCACCUCGCACUGCAAGAAGCCGCUCAAGCAACGAUCGCGAGUUUGAAAGCACUCGUGAACGACAAAAACAUUCGCAUUGACGAGUACCAGCGCCAGCUAGAAAAGAUGCGAGAAGAAUUUGAUGCGAAACAACGGGCGGCGCAUGAAGACCAAGAGCGGCGAAAUCGGCGACUCUACGAAGAUAACCACGUAUACAUUGGUCAGCUGAAAGAAGCCAUGGACAAGAUUCAGCAGCUUGAGGAACAUGGCGGCGGUAAAGCGGUCGUGGCCGCGAGGGAGAUGCAUCAAGGGUUGCUGGAGCAGCUGAAACAGGUUCAUAUGGAUCUCGAGCUCAAAGGGCAAAUCGUGCAAGAGCUUCAAGCCAAGAUUGACCAGCUGCGGCAAGGCAAGAAAACGGCGGAAAUUCGGUGUGGCGAAGCUUUGGAGGAAAUCGCGGCAUUGCAAAAGGUCAACCACGCCUUGGUCGACGACGUCGAGUCUGCCCAAAAGGAUAAAGCUCGACAAACGGCGCAGUGGAAAGCUGACUUGCAGGCAAAAGACAAGAAAAUGGCGCUGCUACGAGAUGCUAUCAUCAAGCUGAAAGAAGAGUUUCUCAAGGCACAGGAGCAACAAGCAGAAGAAAACGUGCGGGAGAAGCGGAAGCAGCUUUCUCAGCACGAUGACCGUGUCGACAAUUUGACGGAAAAGAAUGCGCAGUUGACGGCGAAGUGUACCAUGCUCCAAGAGAAAGCAGAAGGCCUUCAGACCGACUUGGACGACUUGAACAAGAAAUACAAGCGAGCGAUGGCACUCGUGGCAAGAGCUAAAGUUGCUCCGCCCGCUGUCUCGAGAGAAUCGCAGGAGCUCAAAUCGACCGUGUCUGAGCUACGAGAAGAACUGAAUCGGUGCAAGACCAAACUCGGCACGUACAGCUCCCAAGAACGAGACUUGGAUGUGCUGCAAGCUCGCGUCAAAGUUCUCGAGUCCAAGAAUGCAGCGCUGCGAGAAGCUGCCGCGACCGCCCAAGAACCAGUUCUGGUAACGAACCAAGACGAGAGCGACAAGCCCGAUGGAAACUCCGAAAAACGACGAGCGGCGUGGGAGCAAGAAAAGAAACUCAAGCGGAGGAUUGAAUUCCUGGCGAGUAAACUGGACGAAAAGUCGGCGGAGGUGGAUAAGCUGACCUCCCAAUGCCACCGACUUACGGAGCACUUGACCAAAACCCAGCUCCAACUGGCGGAUGCGCUCAAGCAGCCACGACACCAACCUGCGCCUCCUCUGCCUGGGGUGUCGCUGCGAGAAAACACCGCCUUGGAAUUGGACAAUUGCUACCAUCGCAUUGUCGAGCUGCAGCAACAGGUCCUGGAUGCGCGUGAGGCAGCGUUAGCACAGCUCGACAUGACUCCUUUGGUCGAAGAACGCCUUCAACGAGAGACCAAGGUGCUGGAGCUUUCAUUUCAAGUGGAGAGUCUGCAAAUCGAGCUGCAGCGCGCCCGCCAGAGUGCCACGCCGUCGACUCAGCCCACUGCUCCGACGGUGGAGGGAAAACGUGAGCCUGCGACUGUUACGACGGUGGCCGCGCUCGAAGACGUGAUUUCCAACAUGAAGCGAGUCAUGGAAAAGCUGCGCAGUGAGAACGAGCGGCUGCGAAAACACCUCAAGCCAGCGUCCAAGCACGCGGCGAGCAACGCUACCAAGGAGCUACAGCAACUCAGCGCUGUCCUCGACGGCACAAAGGCCGAGUUGCAGCAACUGCGCGUCGAGCACGCCGACCUGGCACGCAAGUUUCGCGCGCUUGGAGCCAAGUACAAAACCCUCAAGGACGCUCAAAAGUCACACACGAGCUCGGCUGCGUACGUGGCCGACAUGGAACGUCUGCACAGCGUGCAGCUUCAAGAAAAGGACAUGCAAAUCCAUGCACUCCAGCAGGAGCUCAUCCUUCGAUCCAGCGCCCAUGCGUCGCUGACAGACGACAGGUUACCCCGAGACGAACACGAUGGAAACGUCGAGCUCAUUCGACGACUGCGAGAAGAAAACGCUCGGCUGACAGAGGAAUUGUCGGCGUUCGACUUGGACUUUUUCGACGAAAUCGAAGACCUCAAGUUCAAAUACGCUCAGGCAGUGCGGCAAAAGCAAGCGCUGGAAAAACAGUUAGCCAACUCCACGCGGCUCGAGUGAUCCACCGCUCUUUCAAGUAGUCCAUGCGAUUCCGUCCGUUCGUUUGCUCCAAUCGCAACAGCUUGUAACAAUCGCAAGAA